AUGGAUGAAGACACAGAGUAUGACAAAGUUGAAGAUGUUGUGGGAUGCCACGUUGAAGAUGCUGUAACAUUUUGGGCACAGAAUGUCAGUAGAUGUAAUGAACUCUUGAAAUUAAGUUGUGCACUGGCAGAAGCUUGUCCUCAGGCUAAUGCAGUUUUUGGCAAACCUAAUUUUAGUAAGAUUUAUGGUGGCUGUUUUUCUGAAGAUAGGUGUUGGUACAGAUGUAAGGUACAGCAAGUGAUCGGCAAUGAAAAGUGUCAGGUAUUGUACAUUGACUAUGGAAAUUCUGAGGUUCUGAAUAGAUCAGACAUAGUUGAAAUUCCACCAAACUUGCAAUGUCCAAGUGUUGCCAAGAAGUACAGACUCUGGGGACUGCAGAUACCAACUGAUCAGAACUUUAACAUGUUUGAUCAGGGGAAGAAGUUCUUGAGCAGCCUGGUUCUUGAAAAAAAAAUAAAAAUACGUCAGAAAGCGAAGCACGAAGACGGUACCAUUAUUGUCCAGGCAGAGGAUGAAAAAGUGGAUAUUGGAGAAAAGAUGGCCAAGGCAGGGUUUGCUGAAAAAUGCACAUCUGCAAGAAACAGUAAAGAUGCCAAGGAGGGAAAAGUCGAUGUCUUGCAAAGCCAGCGUCGGAAGGUGAAAGCUUCAGUUCCACUGUGGCUGAACAGGCCUAAUCCCGCGGCGGGCACCACCCCAAGAGGACAAUUUGAUGAAGUCCCUGCCAGCACGAGGAGCCAGAGUUUUGCUGGAAACCGCAUGUUUCCGCCGAAGGAGAAAAUACUAGCUUCUUCCUCAGUGCCAGAUAACAGCUUCACACAAGUAAGAACAGAUCAGAGGCUCUCUGAAGAGAAAGAAAUUCUGAAAAGGGAGAAUGUAAAUCUCUUGCACAGACAGAGGGAACUAGAACUGAAGGUUCAACAGCUACAGUGUGAACUUCAGCUUUUGAAUUUAGAGAAGGAAGCAUCCAGGAAAACUGCUGAAAGCUCUGAGGAAACCCUGCGUACUUACAUUGGAACAAAAAUGAGAAGUUUGGCUGCUAAGGUGAAGGCACUGAAAGAAGUUAGGCAAGCAAAUAAGAACGAUUGUUUUGAGGAGCAGCUCUCAAAAGCCAUACAAGUGGUUACAGAAGAAUGUCUCACUGCUCCGCCUUCCUUGGAAAAACUGCAGAAGAUUUGGACAGAGUAUGACUUGGCUCAAGAGAGAAUUCAGUUAUAUAACAUUGGAGACUUAGCUGCCUUUGCCACAACUGAUGUAUUUGUGGAGUGUUUGUGGGGUUUUUUGGUUGAAAGAGAUGUAUUGAUUACCAAGAGAGAUGAGGUGCAGGAGAACUUGUAUUCAGCAGUGGAAGAGUUAAUUUUGGAAGUAGAUCACCUGCCCCUCUCUGAGCGCUCAAGAACAUUACAGGAACUGUCUGCUUCUCUAGAGAUGAUGGGUGCUCAAGAUUCUGAAGCAGAUGACUCUGAAGAGGUGUUUCAACAGUUCUUUAAGUGGAAAAGUGCUAAAAUGAAGAAACUAAUUUGUGUCAGGGAUGAUACGGACACAGCUCUGCAAAUUCUCGCUGACUGGUUUGGUGCGGUCUUAAAGUGUUUUGAUCUGAUGUCAGAAACGCCUUCAGAUUUAGAGGAAGUGAUUGGCAAUGCAGAUGAAAUUCUCAAAAAGGUUGAGCUGGCUAUUUGUGAAGAACUGAAUACUGACUUAAAUGAGCAUGAUGAAGCAAAGAAAGGAAUAAUUACAAGUGUUUACAAUAAAGUUCUACGUAAAGUUUGUCAGGAGCAAAGUAUGAUCUCUGUCAUACAGAACAGAUACCUGGCCAGUGUUGAGUUCAAAAAACAUUCGGAGGAAUGGCUGAAUAGAAGACCCAAUAUUAACAACUUAUUAUCUGUCAAGAAAACUAUAAAAAGCUUAAAGGCCCAGUUAAGGUGGAAGCUGGUUGAGAAGAACAACUUUGAGGAAUCUGAUGAUUACAACGACUUUGAAAUGACAAUAAUAAAAGAGGAAAUUGCUGGUCUGCGGAAUAGGGUUCUUCAAGAAAUAUCCAAGGAGCAAAAAGAAUAUGAGAAGCUUACUUAUCUGGUACAGAAAUGGUUCCCUGAGCUACCACUUCUUUAUCCAGAAGCAGGAAUUCUGAACUAUAUGAAUUCCGGUGGACUGCUGACGUGCAGCCUGGAGCGAGACCUUUUGGAUGGUGAGCCUAUGAAGGAACUGAGCACGAAGCGACCUUUAAUGUGUUCAGAAAUUCAGGGCCAGAAGGUGCUUCUAAAGGGCUAUUCUGUAGAUGUAAGCUCAGAAGCCAAAGUCAUAGAAAGAGUUGCCAAGUAUCACAGAGCUUGGAAUCAACAGAAGGAGAAAUCCGGAUUAUUGCAACUGUUGUUCCUUCUUUUCUGCAAGUCUGAUCCUUUGGUAUAUGUAAUGAUCCCAUACUACCCAGGAGCAAGUCUGGGAGAUUUACAGGCUGAUACACCUUUAACUUUAGAAGAGGCAUUAAAAGUGAUGAAAGGAGUGGCCCAAGGUCUACAAACAUUACAUGGAGCUAAUAUAGUACAUGGAUCUCUGCAUGGAAAUAAUGUUUUUGCUGUGAAUCGAAACCAAGGAAUUGUUGGAGACUUUGAUUUCACAAAACCAGAGGAACAACGUGCUGCUGCAGACACUAUGGUUGUCAGUACCUUAAGCUUGCUUUCUCCUGAACUGAAAAUGGGACAACCAGCUUCUCCAGCCUCUGACAUGUAUGCUUAUGGCUGCCUUCUCUUCUGGCUUUGUGUUCAAAACCAGACGUUUGCCAUAAAAGACGAUGGGACACCUGAGGUGGAUGUGAUUGACAUGGAUGAUAAAGUUAAGUCUCUUCUCCUGAAUUUGUUCUGCUGUGACAGACUGACAGCUGAGCAGGUGCUGAAGGAUGAUUGCUUCCUUGUAGUUGAUGAGAUUCCAGUUUCACCAUAA